AACACACACAGCAAGAUGCGUGAAGAAUUCCCCCUCAUCACUGGAAAAUCCCAUGACAUCAGGAGAGUCCGUGCUUGUGUGUAUAAAUACCCAUCUUACUGUAAGCGUGCAAAAAACGGCAGGGACUAAAAACAGCAGCAUCACAGCUGAGAAAUGGCCUCAACCAUGGAGAGACACUUGAAUGUGGUGAAUCCCAGUGUAAGCCAGAGCCACGUGGCAGAUCUCAGGCAUCCAGUGAAAUGUUCUCCAGUUGUCAUAGACAAUAUUGUCCUUAAUGGCCCCACUGUGGACGUACAUGCAGCAGAGAGCUUCAUCCACCAAGCCAUGGAAAUGAUUAUGGAUGAGGCAGUGAAAAGGGCCACUAAUGUCAGAGAAAAGGUCUGUGAGUGGCGUUCCCCCGAGCAGCUGAAGGACUUGUUGGACCUUGAGCUGAGAGAUGGAGGAGAGUCUGAGUCCAAGAUCCUGCAGCGCUGCAGAGAUGCCAUCAGAUACAGCGUCAAGACCACUCAUCCUCGUUUCUUCAACCAGCUGUAUGCGGGGAUGGAGCCUUAUUCCAUGGUGGCAAGCUUCAUCACGGAGGCCCUCAAACCCAGUCUGUACACAUAUGAGGUGGCUCCAGUCUUUACCCUGAUGGAGGAUGCUGUGCUGAGGAAGAUGAUAGAGAUGAUCGGCUGGGAGGAAGGAGACGGACUCUUCAAUGCAGGUGGCUCAAUGUCCAACAUGUACGCUGUGAACUUAGCCAGGUACAGUCACUGCCCUGACAUUAAAGAGGUCGGCCUCUCUGCAGCUCCACGACUGGUCAUCUUCUCAUCACAGGAGAGUCAUUACUCCAUUUCCAAAGCAGCAGCUUUACUGGGAAUCGGCACUAAGAACGUUUACGUGGUUCCGUCUGAUAAGAGAGGAAAGAUGAUUCCCUCGGCUCUGGAGGAGCAAAUAAAGACCGCUAAAAGUGAGGGUGCAGUGCCCUUAAUGGUAAACGCCACAGCAGGGACCACAGUGCUCGGAGCUUUCGAUCCCAUUGAGGAAAUCGCAGAUAUAUGUGAGAAGUACAACCUGUGGCUGCAUGUGGAUGCCUGUUGGGGAGGAGCAGCUCUGAUGUCUAAGAAGCAUAAACACUUGUUAAAGGGCAUCCACAGAGCCAACUCUGUGGCCUGGAACCCUCACAAGAUGCUGAUGGCAUGUCUGCAGUGCUCUGCUUUCCUGAUCAGGGACAAAACGAGUCUCCUCCAGCGCUGCCACUCUGCUCAGGCCUCCUACCUCUUCCAGCAGGAUAAGUUCUAUGACGUCAGCUACGACACAGGGGACAAGUCCGUCCAGUGCAGCAGGAAGCCGGACGCCUUCAAGUUCUGGCUCAUGUGGAAGGCUUUGGGAACCAGAGAGCUGGAGCAGAGGGUGGACAGAGCCCUCGCCAUGGCCAGGUAUCUUGCACAAGAGAUUAAGAAGAGAGAGGGGUUCUGUCUGUUGAUGGAACCUGAAUAUACAAACGUUUGCUUCUGGUACAUUCCACCAAGUCUGAGGAAGCUUCCAGAAGGCCCUGAGCUCUGGAAAAAACUCCACACUGUGGCCCCUGUGGUGAAAGAACGCAUGAUGAAGAAGGGCAGUAUGAUGGUGGGCUACCAGACCCAUCGUGACAAGCCCAAUUUUUUCAGGAUGGUGGUCAUCAGUCCUCAAGUCAGCAGGCAGGACUUGGACUUUGUCCUGGAUGAGAUACACAAUCUAGGAAGUGACGGGAGGAUUGAUUAAUGUCUAUGAAGAGAGAAACAGCUAGCCUGGCUCUGUCUCAAACAAGACAUAACAUGUUAAUUAGUAAGCUUUAGCUGUACUGAUAGGUAGAUUUUGUUACCUUUGGACAGAGUCAGGCUAGCUGUUUUC